AUGUUUACCACUAAGCCUGAUGAUCUUACGGAAAUUACCGUACAAUACCGAAGUCUAAUCGUUUCUGAGUUUGGCACGAACAUCGUCUCCAGCCCACAAUUUAAGGACUGUUGCCGUCACAGAUCAAUCAAAAUGGUUAUCAAGAAGGUUCAUUCUCGUCAAAUCUUUGACAGCCGUGGCAACCCAACUGUUGAAGUUGACUUGUGGACUGAAAAGGGCAUGUUCCGGGCUGCAGUCCCUAGUGGUGCCUCAACUGGUAUCUAUGAGGCUCUUGAAAUGAGAGACAAGGAUCCUAAAAAAUACCAUGGCAAAAGUGUCUUCAAUGCUGUUGACAAUGUGAAUAAAGUUAUUGCUCCUGCUCUAGCUGAUAAAAAAAUGGAUGAGAAAGAUCAAACAGCAGUAGAUAAUUUUCUUCUUUCCCUUGAUGGCACAGAAAAUAAAAGUAAGCUUGGAGCUAAUGCUAUUCUUGGAGUAUCUCUGGCUGUCUGCAAAGCUGGUGCUGCUGCUAAGGGUGUUCCUUUGUACCGCCAUAUUGCCGAUUUAGCUGGAAACAAGGAUGUCAUUCUCCCUGUGCCUGCCUUCAAUGUUAUCAAUGGUGGUAGCCAUGCUGGUAACAAGCUGGCUAUGCAAGAAUUUAUGAUCCUUCCAACUGGGGCCAAGAGCUUUACGGAGGCCAUGAGAAUGGGUACCGAAGUCUACCAUCAUUUGAAAUCUGUAAUCAAGAAGAAAUAUGGUCAAGAUGCUUGCAAUGUAGGAGAUGAGGGUGGUUUUGCUCCAAACAUUUUGGACAACAAAGAGGGUCUGGAACUGUUGAAGACUGCAAUUGCAAAUGCUGGCUACACUGCCGAAAUUGAAAUUGGCAUGGAUGUUGCUGCUUCUGAGUUCUGCAAGGAUAAGAAGUAUGACCUGGAUUUCAAGAACCCUAACUCUAAUCCCAACGAUUGGCUUACUUCUGACCAAUUGGCUGAUGUCUACAAAGAUUUUGUUAAGAAUUAUCCAGUUGUGUCUAUUGAAGAUCCUUUUGACCAAGAUGAUUGGGAAGCUUACACAAAAAUGACCGCUGAUACAAGCAUCCAGAUUGUUGGGGAUGAUCUCUUGGUCACUAAUCCCAAGAGAGUACAGAAGGGAAUUGACUUAAAGGCUGCUAAUGCCCUCCUCCUCAAAGUCAACCAGAUUGGCUCCGUUACUGAAUCAAUCCAAGCGUGCAAAAUGUCUCAAAAUGCUGGCUGGGGAGUGAUGGUCUCUCACCGUAGCGGUGAGACUGAGGAUACUUUUAUUGCUGAUUUGGUAGUUGGUCUCUGCACCGGACAGAUCAAGACUGGUGCUCCUUGCCGAUCAGAACGUCUCGCCAAGUACAACCAGAUUCUUCGUAUUGAGGAAGAAUUGGGUGACAAAGCUGUGUUUGCUGGCAAGAAAUUCCGCAACCCACUCAAUAUUGCAAAGAAGUGUCACUGUCACGUAGUGAUUCAGGUUAAAGUUGAUAUCUAG